GUGUCCACUCUCAACCUUCACUGCUUCUGACCCAAAAGCCAACUUAUCAUGUUCAGCAGUCUACAACAGGGAAGAUGGGACUACUGUUUCAAGUGCUGUUGCAACAGCUCAGAUCACAUGUACCCAGUGUGAUACAUUUUAUAUGUUUCUGCCACAAAGCAUAAAAGCUCUGCAGGGAUCAUGCGUGACAAUACCCUGUUCAUUUCAAGUAAAGGAGGAAUAUAAAACCUAUCUCCACAGUGGAUGUAAAGCUGUAUGGAUAGAUAAUAGUAGCAGUACACUUUUGGAUCCAACACAAGAAACAGGAGAUUUAACCCAGCAAAACUGCACCACAACCUUUCAUGGCAUUGGUCCUCAACACAAUCAAAAACAUUUUCUCAGAGUGGAAUGUAACAAUCUACUGGAGUAUACAUUUAACGAGGCAGGGGUGAAUAUACAAGUCCUAGAAAUCCCAUCCACCCCUACCCUGACUCCGCCCUCUGUGAGUGUGAGUGAGGGGCAGUCAGUGAGUGUGCAGUGCUCUGCUCCUGUCCCGUGUCUGUCUCUCCCUCCCACUCUGACAUGGAGCCCUGUCCUGGGGGACAUUCAGGAGACUCUGCAGGAGCAACCGGACAAGACCUAUGUCAAAGUGUCCACUCUCAACUUCACUGCUUCUGAGCCAAAUACAAAUUUAACAUGCUCUGCAGUCCACAGCAGGGAAAAUGGCACACAUGUGUUGUCUUCUAGUGCACAGAUCACGGUUGAUAUUACAUAUCCAUCAAGAAACACCAGAGUGACAGUGAGUCCCUCUGGUCCAGUGACAGAACACAGUAAUAUUAUAUUAAACUGCAGCAGUGAUGCCAACCCAGCUGUACAGCACUACCACUGGUAUAAAACUGAUGGAGGAACUCACACUCUGAUCGGAAACUCAUCUGUUUUAAACAUGAAAGCCUCCAGAGAUACUACUGCUAUUUUCUGUGUGGCUCAGAAUGAACUUGGGACUGAGAACUCUACUGUCACUCAUUUACACAUCCACUAUCCACCUGGAAACACUAAAAUGACAGUCACCCCCUCUGGUCCAGUGACAGAACACAGUUAUAUUAUGUUAAACUGCAGCAGUGACGCCAACCCAAGUGUCUUCCUCUGGUAUAAAACUGAUGGAGGAACUCACACUCUGAUCGGAAACUCAUCUGUUUUAAACAUAAAAGCCUCCAGAGAUACUACUGCUAUUUUCUUCCCUCCACAGAUCGUGAGCUCUUCAAACUGCUCUGGAGACUCAGUCAAGAUAAGCUGUGUGUGUGAGACUGAGGGGAACCCCAUUCCCCUGAUACAGUGGAGUUUCCCUCAAACAUCCUCCAACCACUUCAUCAGCAGUGAGCCUCUGAGUGACAAAACUCUAAGAAGUGUCCUCACUGUUAUUAAACCUCAGUGGAGAGAUCCAGUCACUUUGGUCUGUCACAGCAACAACUCUGUGGGAUCUGACACACAGACCUUUGAAAUUGUGCAUAACUCUCCUGAAAAGCAGAAUGGACAAGAAGAUGUGGUCACUCCAUUGUUAAUCGCAUCAACUGUCAUUCUGAUGGUGCUGGUGUUGGUGCUUCUCUGUAUGAUCAGAAUCCUGAUUGUUCGGCAUAAUAAGAGUCGUCUAUCUUCUCCAGAGACCAAACAACAGUCACCAGAGGACCAAGAGAAAAAAUGAAUGAAUGAGAUCCGUGGUAGCGUAGAGUAGCUUGGUUUUUUCAUGUGGUCAGUAACCUAUCUCUAAAAAGUAAUCAUAAUAAUAAUCUGUUUUAUUUGCAUUGCACUUUUCUAUACGCUCAAAGAUGCUGCACAGCGUACUACUUUAAAAUACUAAUAAAAAGGCAAAUAGAAGUUAGUAGUAUUGUUAUAGUUAUAGUACUAUGUAAC